GGCGGCGGCGGGGCGAUGCUGGCGUGCGAUCUCUGCGGGCAGGCGCUGGCCUCGGAGGCGGCGGUGCGGCGGCACCGGCGGCGUGCGCACCUGGGCCGCCAGCCCCGCUGCCCUCUCUGCGGCGCCGCCGCCGCCGCCGCUCCGGGCUGUGACGAGCUCCGCCGGCACGUCGAGGCGGCUCACCCGCAGCCGGGGCCGCCGGGCGCCCGCGCCGCCGCCGCUCCCCCCCCCGAUCUCGCCGAGGGGCUGCCCGAGUGCCCUUUCUGUGGGGAGGCGGCGGGGCGGGAGCUGGAGGCGCACGUCAGGGCGCGGCACGGGCUCCUGCUGGGCGCCCCGGGGGCAGACACAGAAAAUGGUGAACAGCUGUAUGAAUGUCCAAUGUGCAGUCUUACCUGUACAAACAUUCAGAUUCUUGAAGAACAUGUGGAUUUACACUUAGAGGAACAUAGCUUUUCGGAAGGUGGAAACAUAAGAGAUCUAGAACUGGCUCAAUGGCUCCAAACUGAAGAAGAUAAACAGCAGAGAUCAGAAGAGGAGAAGCGAGAGAGGGAAGAAUUUAAAAAGCUGCAGAGACAGUAUGGCUUGGAUAAUUCUGGAGGCUACAAGCAGCAAUUCCUAAAGAAUAUGGAAAGGGAAGUUGAUAGAGGAAGAAUGCAGCCUUUUGAAUAUCACAAGAGAAAAGCUGACAUGAUGGAAUGUUUGGCUUUUGGUAUAGAUGAUGGGAAGACAAAGACCUCAGGAGUCAUUGAAGCAUUGUGCAAGUACUAUCAGAACGAAAACAAAGAUGUGAGGCAUGUAUGGCUUUCAACAGGAGUAGAUCACUUCCACUCAUCUUUGGGCGACAGAGGCUGGGGUUGCGGUUACAGGAAUUUCCAAAUGCUCCUUUCCUCACUGUUGCAAAACAGCUUGUAUAAUGACUGCUUGAGAGAUACCACACUAAUUCCCAGUAUACCAAAGAUUCAGUCCAUGAUUGAAGAUGCCUGGAGAGAAGGCUUUGAUCCUCAUGGGGCAUCUCACUUCAACAACAGGUUACACGGUUCCAAAGCAUGGAUAGGAGCAUGUGAAAUUUAUUCACUGUUAACCAGUCUCAGGAUAAAGUGUCAAAUCAUUGACUUUCACAAACCAACUGGCCCUAUGGGUACACACCCUCGUUUAUUCGAGUGGAUUUUGCGUUACUAUUCUACAGAUAAUGAAGGUGGUGCGAAGGUAGCGUGUACUUCCAAACCACCUAUCUACUUGCAACAUCAAGGUCAUAGUCGCACAGUUGUUGGAAUAGAAGAGAGGAAGAACAAAACCUUAUGUUUGCUACUGUUUGACCCGGGAUGCCCGUCACAAGAAAUGCAGAAACUGCUAAAACAAAACAGUGAUGGUACUAGUCUCAAACUCCUUCGGAAAUUUGUGGGUAGCUUAAAAGAAAAGCAAUACCAGAUAGUGGCUAUAGAUGGUGUACUCUCAUUGGAAGAGAAAGCUGCUCGCUGCCAUGAUUCUCAGGUCUUAACAUCAGAGAAGAUUCCUUAAAGGAUGUCUUUAUUACCUCUUCCUGGAAUUUGCUGGAUGCAAAACAUUAAACUUCCAGACUGUGACCCUAACUCAACAAUUCCUAGACUUAAACUACGUCUCCAAAAAUAGCUGGGGGCUCUGGAGAAGCACAACACUGGAGUGAACUUGUAGUUUUGAUCUUCAAUCAAAACUCUGCCCUCCUGUUGAAUCUGUAACUGAAGUAUUACAGUCCUUGUCUUACUAGAAAAUUUGGUAUUUUCUUAGUUGCUCAAAUGACCAAGCAACACCUACCAUCCCAUAGCAAACUAUGCACUGUAGUUAACUGUCAGUAAGCAGUGGAUAAAGAUACUAUGGAACUACUUUAUUGGAGUACCUGGUCAUGGUUUACCUCUGUAAAUAUGUUUAUGCUGCCUCUGUGGCCAGUGCCCUAUUUCUUACCAAAUUUGAUCAACAGAUAUCUAUUAUGCCUCAGCAAAUUCUCCUGCAACUAUUUGCAAAGUACAGAGACAGUUCAGUGAUUUCACAAUACAGUCUGUUCCACCAGGGAUUAGUUUACCACUGAACUUGUAAACAUGAACAUGUGUGCUUACAAGGUAGUUCAGUGUUAGCAUUGGCUGUGAGGUCUAAGAUAGUGGUGUCCAAAGUGGGGUGCAUGUGCUUUAGGGGCUGUGCAAGAGAAUCCAUUGGGUGUAGAAAGAAAAUACUUAUUUUGUACCAUGAAAAAAUAAAAAAUAUUUUUAAAAAUAA